GCUGGAGGCCCGCGCGAGAAGCGCCUGAAGCGCCCCAUCAGGCCCGCAGUAAUCCUACAGUUGUAUUGGCCGUUCAUAUGUGCAUGAGCCCUGGGUCACUCCACGUGCUGAAGGCACAGCGGCAGACUAUAAACGGGAAGGGGAUCCUGACUUCCGACGUGUUGUUUCACAGCGCGGUUCCCCAGAGUCCUGGACACGUUGCCAAGGACCCGACUGUCGUCCCGAGCAGUUUCUGUUACGUCCCCUGGGCAGGAAGCCGAAGCCGGCCCAAACAGGGAGGGGCACGUGGGACAGAGCCGCGCCAGUGAGCAUGCCAUGAAUGGAGCUGGAAGUGCCCAGCUUCCAUAACCUGUCCUCUUUGACAGACCGCGAGGGCGUGGACCCAGAUGCGGCCGCCGCUCGCGAGAGGUGGCGCGCGUCUCCGAACAUUUCUGUGCUCCUGGCGCCGUUCUCCUCAGGAAGCCUUCCGCCCUCCUCGCCGGCCCUGACCCUGCGCCACCCAAUCCUCCUCCAACAGGAUGCGGUGAAGAUGCUGCCUUUGCUCGUCGGCCGCCGCCCACCUGCGCUUCAGGUGCGUGCGACUCGCAGCCCGCCUAAGAAGGAGGAGGAGGAGAGUUGGAGGGCCGAGCCUACCUGCGUUUAGUUGGCCAACAUCUGGGGCCGAUGCCAAUGCCCGUUUACUCGGCUUCCAGUAGAAGUGAAGCCACAUUGCAUGCAAUUCAAUGACCCGUGACCCGGUUCAUGGCAGGAUCCCAGUAGAGGUGGAUCCACCUCUCAUGGGAUUCUAUUAGAGCUGAGCCUACCCGUGUUCGUAUUGUAUAUAUACCGUUUCUUUUUUGUAGGACCUCAUCAGAGGUGGAUUCACAUCUGAUAGGAUUGCAUUCGCAAUUGGUUCAUCCCUGACACGAUUAUAUAUGGUGUCGACCCGCAUGGCUUAGUAGACACUGCAUGGCUCAGCAGGUUGCCGAGGUGUUGGCCGAACUUACCAAGGUUAACAGGCGUUAACUGAUCUUGGCAGGCCUCAGCGGGGC